AUGCUAGCUGAGCGCAAUAUUUCGAGUGGGCCAGCCUCACAGCUGACAUGGCAACAAUGCAAGCUCGACUUCCAGCUGACGCUCCACUACAAGAUCAAAAUCCAAGGUGCAGUGAUCCAAGUGCAAGUUCAUGUUGGAGAUCGCCAGGAAAUUCUCGGUUUACCGGCCUACAUCCUUCGUCCUCCGUUCCAUGACCCGGUAGAUUUUGAGACUUCCGCUCCUGCAGAAGACAUGGAUGAUGUCGAUCACUUUAACGAUCAACUCUAA